AAAAUUUAGAUUAAUAAUUGAAAUACUUUUUAUGUUAUUUCACAUAAUAGAGAACCAGGAAUGUUGUUGACAAAAUAAUAACACUAAUUGCUAACAUUUAUUGACUACUUUCUAUGUUCCCAAAACUCUACUGUGCACCUCACAUCUAAUAUUUUUUCAAUGCUCCCUUUAAUCCUGUGAAGUAAGUACCUUUGUCACCCCCAUUUAAAAAAAAUUCUGCAGCUUUGAAAGUUUAAGUGGUUUGCCCACCAACUAGAAAAUUUCAGAGCUGGAAUUUGAACCCAAGCAGGCUGACAAACAAAGGAGAAAGCUUCCAGCACCACAGGUCUUAUGUGACACGGUCUCUCAUGAAAUAUGGGUGAAAUGUUAUGACAGUUAGUCUCUUCAACAGACCACAUUUAAGAGGUGUCUCGGACUCCCCGUUGCCAGUGGCUGGAACACAAUGGAUCACACAGGGGCACUAGACCCUGAGGAUGAAUUGGGACCUUUAGCCCAUCUUGCUCCAAGUCCUCAAAGUGAAGCUGUUGCCCACGAAUUCCAGGAACUCUCCUUGCAGUCCAGUCAGUACUUACCCCCUUUGAACGAACGGAAGAAUGUGCUUCAGCUGAGGCUGCAACAGAGGCGGACGCGGGAACAGCUCGUGGACCAGGGCAUCAUGCCACCCUUGAAGAGCCCAGCAGCAUUCCAUGAGCAGAUAAAAAGCUUGGAACGAGCCAGAACUGAAAACUUUUUGAAGCACAAGAUUCGAAGUCGACCAGAUCGUUCUGAACUUGUCAGGAUGCACAUUUUAGAAGAAACAUUUGCAGAGCCAUCCCUGCAGGCCACUCAGAUGAAGUUGAAAAGAGCUCGCCUAGCUGAUGAUCUGAAUGAAAAGAUUGCUCAGAGACCUGGUCCUAUGGAGCUGGUGGAGAAAAACAUCCUGCCUGUAGACUCCAGUGUUAAGGAAGCAAUUAUAGGCGUUGGGAAAGAAGGCUAUCCCCAAACUCAGGGAGAUUUCUCAUUUGACGAAGACAGUAGUGAUGCUUUGUCUCCAGACCAGCCCGCCAGCCAGGAGUCGCAGGGCUCGGCCGCAUCCCCAAGUGAGCCAAGAGUUAGUGAGUCACCAUCUCCUGUGACUGCAAACACUCCAGCCCAGUUUACUACAGUGCCCCCAGCAGUUCCUGAAUUCUUGAAAACGCCUGCUACUACGGAUCAGCCCCCCACAAGGGCCACAGCUCCUGUGCUCCCCUCAAACACUGUGUCCUCAGCAAAGCCUGGGCCAACACUGGUAAAGCAAAGCCACCCCAAGAAUCCAAAUGACAAGCACCGUAGCAAAAAAUGCAAAGACCCCAAACCACGGGUAAAGAAGUUGAAGUACCACCAGUACAUUCCACCAGACCAGAAAGGUGAGAAGAACGAGCCGCAGCUGGAUUCCAACUACGCCCGCCUGCUCCAGCAGCAGCAGCUGUUCCUGCAACUACAGAUCCUGAGCCAGCAGCAGCAGCACUACAACUACCAGACCAUCCUGCCUGCGCCGCUCAAGCCUCUCAACGACAAAAAUAACAACAGUGGCAAUUCAGCUUUGAAUAAUACCACACCUAACACACCAAGACAGAAUGCAUCUGCUCCUGUGAGGAAGCCAGGACCUCUGCCUCCCAGCUUGGAUGACUUAAAGGUAUCAGAACUGAAAACAGAACUGAAGCUAAGAGGUCUUCCAGUGUCAGGCACCAAACCAAACCUUAUCGAACGCCUGAAACCCUACCAGGAGAUGAACAGCAAUGGCGCUGCUGCUGACGGCAUCGUGGCAGUGUCGACAUCUGCCGUCGUCACCACUAGCCCAGAAGUCACCAUGGCGGUGCCAGUCCCCACCCUGCAUAACUGUGUGACGAGCUCGGGCUCCCCUCUCAAGGCAGAACUGCCACCUGCUGGAACCAGCAACGUGAUCCACGUGGAAAAUGUUAAUUCGCCUCUGCCAAUCUCACCGUCUCCCUCCGAACAGUCCAGUCUCAGCACUGAGGACACAAACAUGGCCGACACUUUCACCGAGAUUAUGACCAUGAUGUCUCCAUCCCAGUUCUUGUGUUCAUCUCCUUUGAGAGUGACCAGUAACGAAGACAGCCUGAGUCCCACCAGCAGCACUCUGUCCACUCUGGAACUGGACGCAGCUGAGAAGGAUCGCAAGCUUCAGGAGAAAGAGAAGCAGAUCGAAGAGCUAAAGAGGAAACUGGAACAAGAGCAAAAGCUCGUGGAAGUUCUGAAAAUGCAACUGGAGGUUGAAAAACGAGGGCAGCAGCAGCAGCGGCGGCCGCUGGACCCCCAGCCCAGCGCCCCUGCUCAUUCUGUCAGCCAGUCAGAGCAGAAACAGGGCAGUGUGGGCUCCUCCGUCAAAGACGAGACCUCACUCACGAACUGCUCCAGCCCCAGGCAGCCUGUCCCGGGAGCCAGCCAUUCUGUGGGGCAGCCUGUCUCUGCGGGUGGCCAGACCCUUGUCGCCAAAAAGGCUGUAGUGAUCAAGCAAGAGGUCCCUGUGGCCCAGGCAGAGCAGCCGAGCGUGGUCCCACAGUUUUACGUGAGCUCCCAGGGACAGCCGCCGCCUGCUGUUGUCGCUCAGCCGCAGGCUUUGCUGACCACGCAAACUGCUCAGCUGCUGCUGCCAGUGUCCAUCCAGGGCUCCAGUGUCACCUCCGUGCAGCUCCCCGUGGGCAGCCUCAAACUCCAGACUCCACCACAAGCAGGAGUCCAGACUCAGCCUCAGAGAGCAGCCACCGCCUUGUCCUCGGGCUUGGCACAGACUGGGCCCCAGCAGCCAGGCACGUUCACCCCGCACGUGCUCAGUCAGCCGCAAGUCAGAAAGGUUUUCACAAGCUCGGCAUCCAAUACAGUUCUUUCAUAUCAGAGACCACCCGCUCCAGCGGUCCAGCAGCCCUUUGUUAACAAGACGUCCAGCAGCGUUCUCCAGUCCAGAAGUGCGCCCCUUCCAUCCCUGCAAAACGGACCGAGCCCUCCCAGCAAGCCGAGCUCACCCCCGCCACCCCAGCCGUUUGUCGUCCAGCACUCUCUGUUUGGGAGCCCAGUUCCCAAGACGAAAGACCCUCCCCGCUACGAGGAGGCCAUCAAACAGACACGCAGUACCCAGUCCUCUCUUCCAGAGGUUUCCAAUGCACACAGUCAGCAGAUGGACGACCUCUUUGAUAUCCUCAUUAAGAGUGGAGAAAUUUCCCUCCCUAUAAAGGAAGAGCCUUCUCCUAUUUCCAAAAUGAGACCAGUGACAGCCAGCAUCACCACAAUGCCAGUCAACACAGUGGUGUCCCGGCCACCGCCCCAAGUCCAAAUGGCACCGCCCAUAUCCUUAGAACCUCUGAGCAGUUUAUCUGCCAGCUUAGAGAACCAACUGGAAGCUUUCUUGGAUGGGACUUUACCUUCAGCCAAUGAAAUUACCCCACUACCAAGCAGCAGCGAGGACCGAGAGCCCUUCUCCCUGAUCGAGGACCUCCAGAACGACCUGCUGAGCCACUCGAGCAUGCUGGACCCCUCACACUCGCCCAUGGAAACCGCCGAGGCCCAGUUUGCCGCGAGUACUCCCUGUCUGUCACUCGACCUCUCUGACUCAAACCUGGACAACAUGGAGUGGUUGGACAUCACCAUGCCUAACACGUCGUCGGGACUCACUCCCCUCAGCGCCACUGCCCCAAGCAUGUUCUCUGCUGACUUUCUAGACCCCCAAGACCUGCCGUUGCCAUGGGACUAACACCACAGAUUUCUCAUCCAAGUUCACGAGGUUUAAGAAGACGAUUCUAAAAGGUCAGUUUUUAGAGACAGAUCUAUAGUUGCAUCAUUGCAAUGAAAACAUGUUGUCACAGAAAAAAACGAAUAGAUGGUCACAGCCUGGAAACCAAGCUUGAGAACGUUUCAUUGCACCCAGCAGUGAAUGUCUGCCGUUUAAUAUAGCACAGGGCCUUCUGAAAAACCACUAGUCAAAGAAGACCUCUGUUUCUCCAGACUUCAGUAAAGAAUAAAAAGCACCUUUAGAUAAAAACAUAGAGUAAUGUGUGCAGGAUAACGACAUGCAGAUUCUCUGGUAAUCAGCUACAUUUAAACCUCUGUGGUCACUUUCAGGCCCUAAACACAAGGCAGACAGCUCCACUCAAACAAGAACGCUCGUGUGAGGGUGGUGAGGGACCACCGCACCCGUAUUUCUAGCGGGGCCCGAGCCGGCCCAAGGCGCAGCAGGGAUCAAGGGCAGCGGAGCGCACCAGCCAGGCGGCGAAGGCUUCCAGCUGAAGACUUUUGGUUCCAUUCAGAAACCAAUGUAAUAUUUUUGUGUUGUAGUUUAUUUUGUGAUUUUUGGAAUCUUACUUUAGAUUUCCAAAUGUAAAUGAAAGUUCUUUCACUAUAACCAGACAAUGUCUUCAAAAUACUUCAUAAACAAUCCCCUGUAAAAAGUCUGGGUCUAUUGGUAACACUGAAAAUUCUGCUAGCAAUCCUCUGGAUUGGUUAGAUUGACUUAACGUGUAAAUUAGACAUAUAUUUGUGCUAUGUUGGGAUUUGUACAGCCUACGUGGGGAUAAGGAAUUGGGUAUCCAGUGGCCCUACUUCUUUUAAUAAGUCACAUAUUUCUAGAGUACUUGAGACACAUGUAUUUCUGUAUUUUAAAAAAUAACUUUCAGGUAACCAGACCCAUCUCAAAGAACCAAGAAAAGGCUUUAGUGUAAAAUAUCUUUCUGAGCUGGUGAGUUGCAAAGCAAAGGCAAGGGAGGAGUCUGUCGUUCCCAGACAUUCCCACCCGGUUACAGGUGAGCCUGUCGCCGAGUUGGCCUCUGGACUUCCGCUCUGGCUGCCUCUUCAGCAGCUCAUCCUGUCAUUGCUUUACAGUUUCGGAACUGGAUGUCAUACCUGAGCUCUCACUAUAUUUUCAAGCCGAAGAUUGAAAAACUGGAGGUUUUAUUCAUUUUUUAUAUAGACAAAAAGUUAUCACAUUUGUUGAGUAGUUUCUUAAGAUUUUUCUAAAAUGCCAACUAUCACAGGAUUUCUAAAAUGAUUUCAAAAUAGUCAUUUAAGUAUAUGACAAAAUGUAUAAAACUGAAAAAAAAAACUGAAAUCUACCAAAAAGUGUGGAGGUUUUCAUUAAAUAAUACUCGUGCUCUCCACCUCCCCUGUGUGAGCCCUGGGGUCAAGAUGCUCUCUGGGUCAUUGGUGACUGUUCCCACGGUGACAUGUAGAGGCAACCUGGCCCAUUAUUUGGAAAGAAUUUGCGAAUCAUUUCUGGGUUUGUGUUUUGCCUAAGAGCUGAUCUUAUUUCAAAUUUUUAUUUCAGUUUGUAAAUUUCACUACAUAUAAGAAAAGUCGGUUUUUCCAGAACUCAGUCGCCCAGGACCCUGGAGCCCUCUGUUAACUGGCCCUUCCCAGCCUGAAGUGCGUCUGAAUGGUUCCGGGCAGAGGCGGUAGGCGCAGUGUAGUCUGCGGUGAGUAGUUUGUUAGAAAUUGGCGUGCUGCUGUCUGACCAAACCCCGCAGGAGUGUCACCGUCACCGUCGUGGGCACAGCGUGCAUCUUCGAGUCACUCCUUUCAGAAGGGCCUGUCUCCGGGGCAGGGCUGUGGACUCAGAAAGGUACUUUCUUUGGGCAAGUCUUUGAGAUGGGUUUUUGUCUGGAGCUUAUCUGGUCCAUACUUGGACUCUAAGCAUCAUCUUUAUUCAGAUUUAAAUGGCUUAUUAGCACCAGACAUCAACGGGACUGUAGAAGGCAACUGAACAGCUAGUGCUGCCGACUCGCUGAAGAACUUUGUGUUUCCAUCUUUCCAAGCUGUGAGCUUAGAUCGUUUCCUAGCCCCCUGUUGAAGGCUGCUCUCCAAACAUGCAGUGCAAAGAAUGCCGCCUCAUUAGCCUCCUCUCUUUGGACUGUGUUGCUAAUGUGCCCACUUUACAUCUGUGUUCACUUCUUCACAUACCAGCAUUUCAUUUAGGAGGAAGGAAGGCAAGGAGUCCAGUUAUUAAGUCUACCAGCCACCUACUCACACCAUUCCGCUGGGCCCUCCUGGCCUGAGCAGCAAGCUGGGCAUCUGUAGGGUCCCAGCUACAUGUUCCAGGCUAGAGGGAGGACACAGAGCGUGUGCAGCAUGUGACAUGACCAAAGAUGACCUUCUAAUCAAGGCUCCUCUGCCCCAACUCACUGUACUCAGGGGUAAAUGCAGGGGGAAAGGUGUGUGUUAAAGAGGACUGUUUGUGUUGUUUGAGGUGAGGGUUAAAGCCCAAGUCAGAACAGCCGGUUGGGUUUUCGUCUGCAGAUAUGUAGUUUAGAGGAGGUACUGCUACAGGUACUGCUGUAGAUCAUCUUGCAGAAUAUCCUAUUGCCAAGAAAACAACUCCUAGAAAUGUAUUCUCUCACAUCCAGUCUUAUUUCCCUAAAUAUUCCUGAAACACAGUAGUAUCAAGUUACCGUUCUGGUGUAUAUAGGUAUGCAGUCAUGUCCUGGGGGUGGGAUGCACAGACGUUAUGCCAAAGCUGCUUACACAGUCUUGGGAGUCUAGAGUGUGUGGUCAUCUUGUACAUUUCAGCAAAGCAUGUGCUAGAAAACUAGGGACAGUGUUAGUGGUUCAAGUUCUAGUGUUUUUCCUGAAAUGUGCAAUCUACUGUAUAGUACUUGCCACGUAUUUGUACACAGAUGUAUUCUGAAUUCAUAGAAUUUCUCAUUCAGAUACUAUUUGUGCUUGUUUUAUAUGAAUAUUUUUAUAAUACUAAAGAGAUCUUAUUUAAAUUUCCUUUUUAAAAACUGCACAGUCCUGUGACCCAUGUAACUGACACUUUUGUAAGUGCCGUUUAAGAAUAGUGGCCAAGGCAGUCUGGUUUUGCCUCCACACCGCCGCCUCUUGUAAGCAAAGUGAAGGUAAUAAGAUAGCAACUGAGAGCUGUGUCAGGAGCAUGUCACCCAUUCUGUCACCAGAGCUGACGCAGGCCUCCUCACCCUCAACCCCAGAUCAUUCCAGGUCACACAGCCUGCUUCAUCCUUUCAGAAUUCCCACCGGCCGGCCACAACAGCUGACAAGACAGCUGUCCCAAGUGAUGGGACAGUCCCUCUACUGUCCGCAACACAGUGGCCGGAGGGAAGUGGUAAAGCUUUCUGGCAGCACCCAGUGCACACCACGCUGUUCCCAGGGGCCCCCUGGUGGCAAGCCUCACCCAAGUUGCUGUCAGUCAGGGGGGGAGCACCCAGCACCACUGGGGACUUUCAGAGAACUUUAGGGAGAAUAGUCAUCAGGAGUCUACCAGCCGAGCAGCACGGGUCCAUUUAACCACAUUCACAAUAACCCUCCAUUUUUCCAUCCAUCACCAAAAACAUGAAUCCUGGCUACGGGCAGCAGAGCAGAAUACCAAAGGGACUGUCCACUGCCCUUCAGGCCACAGAGUUAGCCCAAAUUACCAAAAACAUUAACUGGAAGGUCAGGUUUAUCAAGAAACACAGCUUACCAGUGCGGACAUGUGUGUUUGGAGAGCAUCCUAAUUGCAUUUCAGCUCAUCUUUUACAAGUGGCUUCAGUCAAAACUGGAAAAUAAUUCAGAUGUAUUAAUUCCUUCUCAAACUUCGGAGAUCUUGCUCAGUGAUCUUUCCAGGCUACAUUUUUACGUGUGAAGUGACUGUCUGCAUGGCAAUGUAUGUUCUUCCCUGCUCACCCUUCUGUCAGCAUUCGAGGGAAUGCAUCAUUGCAAAGGGUUUCUACCAGAAAUCUUUGAUUCGCGGCCUGUAAUUUAAAAAGCUGCACAUGUUUACAAAAGCACUCUAACCCUCCACAUGAACACAUUGCUCUGUGAAUCGUUAUUGAAAAAAAUGUCACAGUCUUGUGACAACAGGAUGGCAAUCUCAGAUCUACAAGGUGCUGUCUGGAAUCAGAUAAAAUUUGUCAGGGGCGAUAUCAACACAGCUGUCGUGUUUAACAGAGCUUUGUGCCAACUACUAAGUCGAAGCUUUAACCAAGUUCAUGAAUCACCGAGACUUGUAACAAUUACCUCUCUACAUUACGCUCUAAGAAAAGUUGCUGAUUUGGUAGGAGGAAGAAGCAUUUAGGAAAGGGUUUAGUAUUUACCAAAAGUACUUAACCUCAAGUAACCAGUAGUAAUGCAAACUUGCUUUAAAGGAACCAAAGGCAUUGCCAAGUAUUUGCCAAAAGGAGGCACUUUUUAUUUAAAAUUUGAGACUAAUGAGAUCUCAAAAAUCAGUCCCAAAAAUGUAUUAUCCAUUUAAGGUUAUAAUUUUCAGAGGUGUAGAUAUUUCUCUGUCGUUUUCAUGUAAAAUAGAAUAGAUUUGUUUUGUUGGUUUAGGAUAGUACAUAUUUAGUAGUAAUACAAAGUUUUUUCCUUUCUACGUACAACUUAGUUUUCUUUUCUUGCUUCAAUAGAACUGCAACGUGAUAGGUGUUUCUCUUACUUUCAUUGUCACAUUAUGUCUUAGCAUCUCACUUUAUGGGAAAAAAAAAAGAGAGAGAAAAUACCAAUCUACAGAGCCCUGCUUAUUAAAGCACUCAUUUAAGAAACAAAAAAUUAUGGCAAUCGGGGGUCCAUUCAUGUAUUGCCUUUAUGUUGUUUUUUUAAAAGAAAAGCCAUGAUGCCUUUGUAUUUGCUGUUUGCACCCCUGAAAUCAAUUCCAUAUCAUGUUUGAAUGCCAUAUGUUUUGCACAUGUACUGUACAUAGGUAAUGCAUACUGUAUUUUUAUAUGUGUGCACAUUUAUCAUCAGAUCUUUUGUACAUAGUGGCAGUAUUGUAGCGGAUCAGAAAAUGUUUGAUAUCUCAGCAAUUUUGCAUUUUUGUGUCUCAAAUAAAAAACAUUUUGAUGUA